AUCCGGGUGUUUACGGUUCCCGAUUGGCGACCCGUCGCCAUAUAUCUGACGUUGUUUAGCUGAACUAAAAUUUGGGUUAAAACCCAUUUAUUCAUUCAUCCGUUUUCCUCUUUUGGAGAGCGGUUAACGCCUUGUGGGGCGCAACACUUCCCACGCCAAGGAAAAACGACGCUUUUCAAGGGGCGAGGCCCCGCAUUUUGGGCACUCGUUUUUUUGUGUUAGCUGUGUUUUUACUGAGACAUUUGGAUUGUGUCUCUGUUUUUCUCUUGGUUUGUUUGUAGUCAAGAUGUCGCCGUAAUGGGGUCUCCGUGUUUGACAGAAAUGAUUAAGGGCCUUCGUCGCCUGACCCGCAUUCUCAACGACCCGUUGUUCUCCCCGUUUACCCCGUUUAAUGCUAGAGAGCUCGGAGGCUCUCUCUCCGCGGUUCGGCCUCAAUAUGGAGAAAAACCCAAACGCCAACAACAGCAGCAGUACGAAGAUCCCGCCCCGCUCCAGCUCUACAGGCCCGACUCCUGCAGACUCUAAAGCCAAAACAGAUGGUAAGAAUAAUGGUGGCUCAAAGCGCUAUAGUCGCAAGCGUGAGCCCACUUUUGCCAAGGCUGAGAGCUUUCCCGGCCCACGCCGCUCCCAGCCAAUUAAAAGCAAGAAUUUUGACAAGAGACCCCCUCAGAGAGGUGGCAGAGGGGGGCAACAGUAUGGACUCGCUGGUGGUGGGAGAAGAGAAGAGGUAGCAGAGAACCGCCGGGCAGAGUUUAGCCCGGCUCAGUUUGCUGGACCCAAAAAGAUAAGUUUGAACCACCUGCUCAACUUCACGUUUGAGCCACGAGGAGGCCAUUUUGGCUCUGGAGCUGAUGGCCACUAUUGCUGGGGUCGCCGCAACAAGUGGGGUCACAAACACAAGCCCUUCAACAAGGAGCUUUUCCUGCAGGCUAAUUGCCAGUUUGUGGUAAUUGAUUAUCAAGACUAUCAAGCCCACUUCACUGAUCCGGACACUUUGGUGGACUGGGACUGUGUGCAGCAAGUGCGCAUCUACAGUCACGAGGUGCCGUCUUGUCCGAUCUGCCUGUAUCCCCCUGUGGCUGCCCACAUCACGCGCUGCGGCCACAUCUACUGUUGGCCAUGCAUGCUGCACUACCUCUCUCUGAGCGAGAAGAGUUGGUCCAAGUGCCCCAUUUGCUAUGAGGCCGUGCACAGCGCUGAUCUCAAGAGUGUGGUUGCAAUGGAGACGCGUCAGUACGUGACUGGUAACGUCAUCACAAUGCGUCUGAUGCGAAGAGAGAAAGGAUCGCUGGUGGCUCUUCCAAGCUGUCAGUGGGUGAAGGUGGAAGAGCCCAUUCAUUUUGGAGAUGGGCAUUUGUGUGCAUACUCUAAGCUGCUGUUGGCGUCUCAGGAGCAGGUUUUGGGUUUGCUGGCUGAAGAGAGGGUGGCUCUCCAAACCCAGCUCAGCCAAGAGAAAGACGACCCACAGGCCUGUUUCAUACAGAGCGCCCUGCUGCAGCUGCAGGAGCGUGAGGAGCGUCUUUUGAAGGAAGGCUGUAAAAAUGCUGGUUCUGUUGAUUGGGCAGACAUGAGAAAACUGUCUCUAUCUGAGCACUCCUCUCCAGAGGUGACCGUGGUCAAGAACCUCACAAACUCAAAGCCCGUCCUGCAGUAUGCUUCGGCGUUUGAUGAUGAGCUUCAGAAGUCUCAUGAGGAGCCUGUGGAAGAGAUGGCCGCUCCGAGUGCUCCUGAGGUGGCCGAAGAGAUGCCUGAAAGAGCUGUGGAGGACAAACUGCUAGAAGCGACCCCUCAGACAAGUCAGGCCGCUCAUCAUGGCCCAUAUUACUACUUCUAUCAAGCUGAGGAUGGUCAGCAGAUGUUUCUGCACCCAGUGAACGUGCGCUGUCUGCUGAGAGAGUACGGGAGCCUGGAGAACAGCCCUCAGUCUAUCACCGCUACUGUGGUGGAGAUUGAUGGACAGACUGUCACCGAGGAUAUUCGCCGUCGACAUCGUUACCUCUCUCACCUGCCACUCACCUGUGAGUUCAGUCUGUGUGAGCUCAAACUUGAGCCACCCAUUCUCUCAAAAGAGACCAUGGACAGCUUUGCAGAUGACUUGGAGAAACGGAAGCGCCUGAGACAGAAGAAAGCAAGGGAUGAAAAGAGGAGGGAGAAGAGGAUUGAAAUUGAGGAAAACAGGAAACAUGGGAAAUAUCCAGAGGUGCACAUUGGGCUGGAGAACCUCCAGCAUUUUCCUGCCUUUGGAUCUCCGCCUCAGAGCGGCUCACAGGUGCAGCUCCCAGAGUUCCUGCUGGGACCUCCGUCUCCUCUGAGCGGCAGCCCUUCAGCAGAUGAUGUGAUGUUUCCUAAUCUGAGUGAGCACAGUCCGUCUCUGAGCGUAGCCAGUGUGGAAGAGGACUCUCACUGCAUGUCCUUCGCUCAGAUGCUGAAAGAUGGGAAAGCCCGUGUGGAUGCCGGGCCUAAAACAACCCCAAAUAAAGCUGACAUGUUCCUGGCCCCUCCUCAGGCAGACAGUGAUGGAGAGAGUGACGGAUCUGAUCGGGUCCCAGUACCCAGUUUCCAAAACUCCUUCAGUCAGGCCUUUGAACAGGCUUUAUCACAGCUGGACCAGGGAAGUCAAACUCCAGCCAAGGCUUUACCCAUCCCUGAUGAGAAAGGGGGUAAGAAGAAGAAGAAAAAGCAGAAGCUUUUGUUCAGCACCUCUAUGGUUCACACCAAGUAAACGCUGAAGCCCACCCUUCACUCCUGUUUCUGCCUUAUUCCUCCCAUAUGCUUCGGUAUCAUUUGGUCCCUCAAAAGCAGUUUCCCUCCUUUUUCCUUGCCCCUGUUGAAUGAGACCCUCUCCAGAUGUUGACUAACUCGCAGGAAGUGCAGCAGCUCAGUGAUUGUACAAACCAUAGACUCCGUA